AUGUGUUCGUUUGUGGAUGAGGUGGCUAUGAUUGACCCUUUCAAAAGCAUUGAAGAAAUACAUAACAGGGAUAUUGGUUAUCUCAUACUGUUCGUGACGCCAUCUGCAAAUUCGACCAGUUGCGUUUCACAUGAUCUUUUGCUACGAGAGCCAUCUUUCCAUAAAUCCCAAUCUGCUACUGCCCAUGAUGUCGGCAAAUUGCAUGACGAUUUGUUUAAGGACUACCGGAAGUCAGUCCGACCAGUUCGGAACCAAAAUGAUGCAGUCAUUCUCAACAUCUCUUUCUUUAUCAUCAUGAUACAUGAUUUGGAUUUGAAAAACCAGGUUUUGACGACAAACGCGUGGCUAAGAAUAACAUGGCACGAUGAGUUUUUACAUUGGAAUAAAACAAAGUACGGAGACCUAACUGAAAUAUUGGUAUCAAGAAACGAGGUGUGGACGCCAGACCUUCUGGUGGAGAACACGGCAUUUGGAUACCAUCCCCUGGGUAUAGACCAAAUGUUAAUCAGCCUUGACUCAGAAGGAACUUUGAUUUGGGAACCUGGUAUUGUAAUGCAAACAAUAUGCGAGGUGAAUAUCGCCAAGUACCCAUUUGACAGCCAGAACUGUGCAAUACGUGUGAUGUCUUGGAUGCACACAAACAAAUCAAUGAUUGUUGUUGUAGAGAAAAACAGUGUUGACAUAACAGGUUACUACCCUAAUGGAGAAUGGGAUCUGUUUACUACUUCCGUGAAGGCGUAUUCCCCCGAGGACGGGUCCUAUAACAGCGGGGAGAUACUCCCCGGGGCGGAAGCCAUAUUGGAGCUAAGACGUCGGCCGGUGUACUACAUCAUCUCCACUAUAUUACCAAUAUCAAUGCUGUCACUACUUAACGUUCUGGUGUUCAUGUUACCCAUGAAUACAGGCGAGAAGAUGACACUUGCUGUUACGGUCUUACUCUCAUUUACUGUAUUCAUGAGUGUUGUCAAUGACGUCAUGCCGAAAACGUCAAACAGCAUCUCCAUAUUAGCCGUUUACCUGACAAUUUUGCUAACUUUGAGUGGACUCUCAGUCGCAUCUACAGUGAUGGUGCUUCAUUUCCACCAUCGGGAGAAGAAGUCAAGAAACCAAUACGUCACUGAAAGGGUUGAUGACGUAGUACACAACAGCCGUUUGUAUAAGGUUUGUCGUCCUAAUUCAAACAACAAUCGUAGAAAAACAACACAAAUAACGAAGAAUGGACUGAGACCAUCAACAGAGAAACUCCUGCAGGAUUACAUGGAGAUCGAUGACUCUGAGGCUAAUCCUGUUCCAGAAAGCUGUUGCUUGAAUUGUGCGUCUAAAGUGACGAAGUGGCAGUGUUGUAUGAGAAGCAGAAGAUCUCGAAAAUAUCUAGGGAAGGAGUUUGCCCAGAAACUAGAUAAUGUAUUAUUUUGUAUAGUCACAAUACUAACAGUGCUUUCCACAGUCAUUGCCAUGAUAUUGCUGAUAUAUUGGUGA